UCCGGAUAAACUACAAACACUCUGCAAGCUCUUCGUUUUCCAGCAGAUCGAAACAAACAAUCCAGUCACAAUGAGUAGCGGUGGGACCUCCACAGUUGCACCACAAGAGCCUCAAGCUUUCAAACGGGCGGUGAGGAAGAUAAAAUGUGCUGCUAUGGUGGCCAGCUUGGCCAAAAGCUGGCAGGGCUGGGCCAAUGAUCACUCAGGCAAGCAGGACAGCAUCCCAAGUGGCUGGAUGCCUUCAUCUAUUGAAGACGAACACUCAAAAGAACGCAACAAUGUGGUCAAACUUGCCGUCACCCCGCGUGUAAUCACAGCAGACGAUGGCGACAGCAGUGACAGUAUGAUCCGGACUACUUCUAUAACCAAGACAGUCCAGCCAACACGCAGCGAGUGUGGCAGCGAUGUGGUCAACGCUAUCAAAGGCAAGAUGGAGUCAGCUCCCGAGGAGAGUAAGCCGUUUCUAGGCAACGAGUCGCCAACACGGCGGCGCCAAAUGAGGGCUCUGCAGAGUGGAGGAGGAGUCAUCCAAGACAAGAAGCAGAUGCUCCAGGAGAAGAAGCUGGGCUCGAGGAGCAGCAGUUUGGAUACGGAGGACAGCGGGCUCGGAGAGGAGGCCGGGCUCAGCGAUAAUAGCGAAUCAAAAACUGAGCAGAGUGACAUCAAGUUCAAGAAACAGGUUAACAAGCCCAAGAUUAAGAUUGCCACUAUGGGCGACAUCAAAAGCCGCUGGCAGCAGUGGUCCGAGGAGCACAUGGUGGGUCAGAAGCUCAACCCCUUCAGCGAGGAGUUCGACCACGAGUACGCCAUGAACCAGCGCCUCCGCAAGGGCGACAGCGGCUACGGCCGACCCAAAGACGGCUCCAAGACGGCCGAGAGGGGCGACAGGGCCCAGAAACACAUCCACAGAGAGAUGGAUGAGAUGGUGUGGAUUAUCAGAGACAUGGGCAUCACGGAUAAGGAAGGGAGAACCGUCAUUUCCUUCGGCCGCCUCUUCGACCGCUACGUGAAGAUCUCAGAUAAGGUAGUGGGCAUCCUGCUGCGCUGCCGCAAACACAAAAUGCUGGACUUUGAAGGGGAGAUGCUGUGGAAAGGACAAGACGAUGAUAUUAUCAUUACGCUGAGAGACUGA